AUGACAUCUAUUACUUUUAGGGCUCCGUUAUCCUCUCAGGAACAAGCCUUUUAUAAUCAGAAAUUUCAUCAGUUGGAUGCGGAAGAUCUCGGGGUGGUCACUGGCGAGGCAGUGAGACCACUCUUUGCGUCUUCUGGGCUUCCAGGGCAAAUACUAUCUCAAGUUUGGGCUAUGGUUGAUAUAGAUAAUAAGGGGUUUUUGAAUUUUAACGAGUUUUCAGCUGCUUUGAGAAUGAUUGCUCAAUUGCAACAAGCCCCUAACCAACCAAUUUCCACUGCACUGUAUGAGAACGCACCCACUCAACUGGCUGCUCUUUCUAUAAGCCAGAACCCAACUCCUAUGCAAAGCACUAGUGGAACAGCCAAUGCAAAUAACACUGAAAUUCCUCCCUUAUCCGCGAAUGAUAUUGCUAAAUUUUCACAAUUGUUUGACAGGACAGCAAAGGGUGCUCAAACGGUUCCUGGAGAUAAAGCGAAGGACAUAUUUUUAAAGGCAAGAUUACCAAAUCAGACUUUGGGCGAAAUUUGGGCUCUUUGUGAUAGAGACACUUCCGGUGUUUUAGACAAAUCUGAGUUUAUAAUGGCCAUGUACUUGAUUCAACUUUCUAUGUGUCAUCAUCCUAGCAUGAACCCACCACCUGCUGCGUUACCUACCCAGUUGUGGGAUUCUAUUCGUUUAGAACCUUCUAUUGUUAACCAACAAAACAGGACUACUCCCUUGAGUGCAAACUCUACGGGCGUAUCUUCACUAACAAGGCAUUCCACCAUAUCACGCCUAUCUACCGGUGCAUUCAGUAAUGCCGCUUCAGACUGGUCUUUAAGUUUUGAAAAAAAACAACAAUUUGAUACAAUCUUUGAUUCGUUAGAUAAGCAACAUGCCGGCUCGCUAAGUUCUGCUGUGUUGGUUCCCUUCUUCUUAUCGUCUAAAUUAAACCAAGAGACGUUGGCCACCAUCUGGGACUUAGCUGACAUUCAUAACAAUGCUGAAUUCACCAAAUUAGAAUUUGCCAUUGCCAUGUUUUUAAUUCAAAAAAAGAAUGCUGGUGUCGAGUUACCGGAUGUUAUUCCCAAUGAAUUAUUGCAAUCCCCCGCUCUGGGGCUAUAUCCACCAAACCCACUUCCUCAACAACAAAGCGCACCUCAAAUUGCCAUCCCUUCAAGAGCAAGUAAGCCAUCCUUACAGGAUAUGCCACACCAAGUAUCAGCACCAGCUGUUAGUACUCAACCAGCGGUUCCACAAGUUCUUCCCCAAAACUCAAACAACGGUUCUUUGAGUGAUUUACUGGCUUUGAAUCCAUCAUUCAGCUCCCCUUCUCCCACUAAAACACAAGCUGUGAUUCAGAACAACACAAAUAAUAGUUUCUCAUAUGAUAACAGCGGCCAAGCAACAUUACAACAACAACCACAGCAACCCCCAACUUUAACCCAUUCCUCUUCUGGGUUAAAAAAAUUUACGCCAACGUCGAACUUUGGGCAGAGUAUAAUUAAGGAAGAACCAGAGGAACAAGAUCAACUAAAGGAGACUCGUGAUGCCUUUAGCGCCCAACCUCCACCAGUUCCAAAGCAUGCUUCAAGUCCAAUCAAACGUGCAGCUUCUACAACACUGCCACAAGUUCCAAACUUUUCUGCGUUUAGCAUGCCAGCAGGCGCUGCCACUAGUGCUGCCACUGGUGCCGCUAUGGGUGUGGCAGUGGGUGCCGCCGCUCUAGGCGCAUCUGCUCUUUCAAGAUCUUCCAAUAAUGCGUUUAAGAACCAGGACUUAUUUGCAGAUGGUGAAGCUUCAGCUCAGUUAUCUAACGCUACCACUGAAAUGGCCAAUUUAUCGAACCAGGUAAACUCCCUGUCCAAGCAAGCAAGCAUAACCAAUGAUAAAAAAUCAAGAGCCACUCAGGAGUUAAAGCGUGUUACCGAGAUGAAGAAUUCUAUUCAAAUCAAAUUGAACAAUUUACGUUCUACCCAUGACCAAAACGUUAAACAAACCGAACAGCUUGAAGCACAACUAAUUCAAGUAAAUAAAGAAAAUGAAACAUUAGCACAACAGUUGGCUGUCUCCGAAGCAAACUACCAUGCCGCUGAGUCCAAACUCAAUGAACUAACUACUGAUUUGCAAGAAUCUCAAACCAAGAAUGCUGAACUGAAAGAACAAAUUACGAAUUUGAAUUCGAUGACAGCCUCUUUACAGUCACAGUUAAAUGAAAAACAACAACACGUCAAGCAAGAAAGGUCAAUGGUAGAUGUUAAUUCUAAACAGCUAGAGUUGAAUCAAAUUACAGUAACAAACUUGCAGAAAGAAAUCAAUGGUCUUGGCGAAAAGAUAAGCGUUUAUUUAACUAAGCAAAAGGAAUUGAAUGAUUAUCAAAAGACGGUGGAAGAGCAGCACGCGCAAUUACAGGCUAAAUAUCAAGAUUUGUCUGACAAGGAUACUGAUUUAACAGACCGUGAAAAACAAUUAGAAGAACGUAACAAACAGAUUGAAGAACAAGAAAAUCUUUACCAUCAGCACGUUUCUAAGUUGCAAGCAAUGUUCGACGAUCUAUCCCAGAGGAAGGCUUCUUUUGAAAAAGCUGAUCAAGAAUUAAAGGAAAGAAACAUCGAAUAUGCCAAUAAUGUGAGAGAGUUAUCCGAAAGACAAAUGAAUUUAGCUAUGGGGCAAUUACCUGAAGAUUCUAAGGACAUUAUUGCGAAAAGCGCCUCUAAUACAGAUACAACGACUAAAGAAGUCACACCGAGAGAAAAUGUUCACGAAGAUACAGUAUCCAAAUUUGUUGAGACUACUGUUGAGAAUUCAAAUUUGAAUGUUAACAGGGUUAAGGACGAUGAAGAAAAGACAGAAAGAACCGAAAGUGACGUAUUUGAUAGAGACGUUCCAACUUUAGGAUCUCAAAGCGAUAGUGAAAACGCCAAUACAAACAACGGUACUGAGCCUGGAAAUGAGACAGCAAACGCAAACUUAACUGAAACAUUAAGCGAUAGAUUCGAUGGUGAUUUGAAUGAAUAUGGUAUUCCAAGAAGCCAAUCGUUAACUUCGUCAGUUGCAAACAAUGCUCCUCAAUCCGUCAGAGAUGAUGUUGAGUUGCCAGAAACACUAGAAGAACGCGACACCAUCAAUAAUGCUGCGAAUAGGGAUAAGACCGGAAACUUGUCGCAUAUUCCCGGCGAAUGGGAAGCUGCCCCUGCUACUGCUUCUACCGAUGUUUUGAGCAACGAAACCACAGAAGUUAUUGAAAACGGUAGUACCACGAAAAGGACUAAUUCGAAUGAAGACGGUGAGUCGGUCAAUUCUAUCCAAGAAUCCCCAAAACUCUCUGCUCAACCAAAAGCAAAGACAAUAAAUGAGGAGUUUCCACCAAUCCAGGAAUUACAUAUCGAUGAAAGCGAUUCAUCCUCUUCAGAUGAUGAUGAGUUCGAAGAUACCAGAGAAAUUCCAUCAGCAACAAUGAAAUCCUCUCAAACUCCGUACAAUCCUCAAUCUAAACCAAGUUUGGGCAUUGACGCUGAACAAAAUUUAAAAUAUCAAGCUCAGAAUACUUCUCUUUCACAUAAUGAGGGUGGUUCUCAAGAACCAAACGCUGGUUUCAUUCUGCCUGCUAAGGACGAAUUUGAUGACGAGUUCGCAGGAUUAGAGCAGGCCGCAGUAGAGGAAGAUAAUGGUGCUGAUACAGAAUCAGAAUUUGAGAAUGUUGCCAAUGCUGGGUCGAUGGAGCAAUUUGAAACCAUAGACCAUAAGGAUCUCGAUGAUGAAUUGCAAUCAAAUACUUUUACAGGGACGUUAACUAGCUCAUCAAAACCACAAGUUCAACAACAAUCAGCCAGUGAUCCUGCUCAAGUAAGCAACGAUGAGUGGGACGAGAUUUUUGCUGGAUUUGGUAAUUCCAAAGCUGAGCCAACCAAGAUAGAUGCGCCAACGAAUAUAGCUGCGCCAAGUAUUCCACAACAGCCGGUCCCAUUGAAGAAUGAUCCGAUUAUUGAUGCUAGUUUGCAAAAAGGUUCAAUAGUUAACCGCGGAGUUGCAACUACUCCAAAGUCCCUAGCCGUUGAAGAGUUAAGUGGCAUGGGGUUCACGGAAGAAGAAGCACAUAACGCCUUGGAAAAGUGCAACUGGGAUUUGGAAGCCGCCACCAACUUUUUGUUGGAUAGUGCUUAG